AUGGUUGUGAUGGAGGAAAUCGUGGGACGCGCUGACGGACGCCCGCGAGAAGAAAACUCUGACAAGAGGCAGCAGCCCACCACAUGUGGAGCAAUAUUGACACAGUUGAGCAAUGUUCUUUGCAAUGGGAGCGAAGAUCCUGCCAUCAACGGCAAAGGGAAGGAGGUAGUGGAGGAGGCAGCCAGGUUGGUGAGGGAGUUGAAGGUCAAACUGGGGGAGGUGAUGCUGGCCAAGGUGGAAGACGCGACCGUGGCGACACGUGUACAACGCCAACCCGAAGGAGUGAAAGAAGCCAAACUGUCAUCAUGGGCCAAGGUCGCAGGACAGGGAAUUCCAGAAAAACCAGUGCCUAACCGAACCCUCCGCGAGAUUACUGUCCUACGCCGGGACUGCGAAGCCCCCCCAGCUGAGGAGGCCACCCCCCCAGCGAUUGUGGCAGCCGUCAACGCCAGAAUUGUGGAUGUGACAAAGGGAAAGGUGCUUGCAGCAAGAUGUCUCCCCAGUGGAGACAUCAUCCUGACAACCGACGCGAGGGAGACCAGGGAGGCCUUGACUAAGAGCAGCACAUGGCUGGAAGUCUUGGGACAAAAGGCGAAGGCAAAGCACACCCUGUACCCAGUCAUGGUUAAGGGAGUCCCAAUGGGCAACACCAACUGGAAGGAGGAACAGCAAGCCAUCAUGGCAAUUUACGCACAGAAUGAAGGACUCCGAAGAGGGGUACAAAUUGAGAGACUGUCUCUACGACGGAAUGCCAGCUUGCAGGCAAAGGUUGGGUCUCUUGUACUCAGCGUCACCUCGCCUCAGCAAGCCAACCUACUAGUAGACAAUGGAUUGAUAAUAGACAGCAUAUUUUGUGACGUUGAAAUCUUCCACCGGGAAGCGCAGGUCACCCGGUGCUUUAACUGCCAUGAGUAUGGGCAUACGGCCAGAUUCUGCAGGCAGGCCAAAAGGUGCGGGUUCUGCGCGGCAAAAGAACAUGACGACAAGGAAUGCCCAGCACGAAAAGCUGGGGAACAACCGAGCACCACAGAGCUCACAACCUGGGUCUCAGCUGCAGGAGGACCUAAUGGACUACACGCAGACCCCAGCCCCCACGCAACAAUGAGGGACACACUAAACCUCCUACAAUAUAACGUGCACAACUCUGCGAGAGUUAUGGUCAAUGUGUAUGCACCUCCUCCAGGGGGCUACAGCAGUGAACCGGAGGAAUCCCCCAUAGGCCAGCUGCAGGAGGUAGCCGGAAUGGGCACAGAUGCAGAGCUGGUCAUAUUAGGAGAUCUUAAUGUCCACCAUGAGAGGUGGGGAGGGGUGAGAGUGGAGAGAAACUUCCGCAUGGCAUGGCAGCUAAUAGCACAGGUGGAUAGGCUGGGUCUCCAGCUUGCCACACCUGUAGGGGCUACCACAUGGCAGGACAGAGGCAGCCCAGGGACGACUAUAGACCUCACCUUUCUAUCACCACUCCUGCACGACAAGCUCAGGAGGUGUGCAAUAGCGGAGGAGGCAUGCAAAGGAUCUGACCAUAAGCCCAUGGAAACAACACUGGAACUCACACCCAUCCCAAAGGAGGCUGAGAGACGAAACUGGAAGAAUGCGGAGCCUGAGGAGGUAGCAAGGGACUGCCAAAAGCUAUAUGUGCCACAAAGCCUGGACUCCAGGCAAGCAGUCAAGGAGUAUGCAGACUACCUGGUAGGAUUUGUAGGGACAUUAGCGGACAAACACGCCACCAUUGAUGUGGGGACUAGCAAAAUGGGGCAAGGAAAGAAGCCAUCUGCCCCCACAGGCACCUACUGUCCCCCCCUGAGAACAGGGGAAGGGGCUGACGCGACGGUAGAAACCUCUUUUGAGGGGAAGGCUGAGGCAUUACGACAACGGUUCUUCCCACAGCCAGAGCCCGCCGACUUAAGUGACACCAAUAUGGAGCUGCUGCAAGCUGAAAGGGAAGCGUCAAAUGACACCAUCAGUGUGGAGGACAUGGAAAGCCUGAUCCAGAGACUGCCAAACAGGAAGGCACCAGGGAGGAACACGUUUAAGGAAGCCAAGACAGUGGCCUUGCGCAAGCCAGGGAAGGCUGACUACCAGACUGCAGGAGCGUGGAGACCCAUUGCCUUGCUGGACACAAUAGGGAAGAUUGUGGAGGCAGCAACUGCAAAACGCCUGCGGAAGAUCGCGGAGGACCACAACCUGCUACCCUCACAGCAAAGGGGGCAAGAAGGGGCAGCCCAGAUAAGGACAGUGUGGCAGCACCCAGGACAGGUGGCGUCGGUACUCUCCCUAGACAUGACAGGGGCCUAUGACAAGGUGCUGCGGGAGCGAAUGGUUCACAUCCUCCGGCGACUGGGCAUCCCCAGGGACCUGGUGGGAUGGGUUGCGUCCUUCAUGACCAACAGGAAAUCCACAAUUGCCUUUGAGGGCCAGGAAUCAGACACUUUUGACAUCCCAGCAGGCAUCCCGCAGGGGUCACCCCUAUCACCUAUACUAUUCCUAUUCUACAAUGAGGAACUGGUGCGCAUCUGCUCAAGACCGGGGCGCCCGGUGGUGUGCAUAGCCUUUGUAGACGAUGUCAACGUGAUGGCCUAUGGCCAGUCCACUGAGGACAACUGCAGGGAGCUCCUGCGCAUGCAUCGGGCAUGCGAGGAGUGGGCAGCACGGCACGGGGCGGUCUUUGCCCCCCAGAAGUAUGAGCUAAUGCACUUCACACGGGCGCGCAACCAAUUCAACCUACAGGCUGAGCUGAGACUGCCAGGACAAACUAUACAACCGAAACAGGUGAUGAGGGUAUUGGGAGUAUGGUUAGACUCUAGGCUGAGAUGGAAGGGCCACCUGGACGCGGUGGCAGGCAAGAUGAAGACUCAAGUCAGAGCACUGUCCCAAACCACCCAAUCCACAUGGGGGCUCCCACUACGACAAGCGAGAAUGGUGUAUAACAUGGUCAUCAGGCCGGCCCUGACCUUUGGAGCAAUAGCAUGGCACCAGCCACAGGGGCAGGGGGGCACGGGUCCAGCUAAGUCAGGACUGGCCCUCAAGCUGACCACAGUGCAGAACUCCUGCCUCAGAAUAGUGGCAGGGGCAUACAAAAGAACCCCAACAAGCACACUGGAAGCGGAAACCCACACAGUACCCUUAGACAUCCACCUGGAUGGGCUAGUGGCAAAGGCGGUCAACAGGAUGAAGGCCUCAGGAAUGGCGCAACAAAUUGAGAAUGCGUGUGCGGCCAUAAGGACCAGGCUUCGGCACCGGGGGGUGACAAGGGGGGCACAGAGACACAUGGGAGCUGUGGUUCACCCGGCAGCCCUGCCAGUGGACUGGGAACAGCAAUGGAUUCAGGGUGCUAAGGAGAGAGUCACAGCAGAGAUGACACCGGAACAACGAGCCAACCUGGACCAAGCCUCAUAUAAUCACUGGCUGAAGCGCGAGCAGCUCUGGAGGUACCUGAAUUCCCCACCCCACGGUGCCCCUGUGGGUAUGAAUGGGAAACAGUCGAACAUGUUCUGA